AUGAGUCGGAGACUGUCUUACUCGGAGAAAGGAAAAGGCCCAUCUGAGCCUCCCCGAACAGCCAGAGUAAAAGUCCCACCCUUCGAUAACUCCAAGCUUCUGAAACAACAUUCGCUUACCCUCAUGGGAAGACUUACAAAUCCAAAGAUACAGAGGAUGUGGAAUCUCAUCCCCUUCUUCACGGAACAUUGGAAGGGUUCAGCAAACCCAAUCGGAGCAGACCUAGGACGAGACCUCUUUCAGUUCCAAUUCUCAACGGAGAAGGAUCUCCAAAACGUUCUGGAUAACAGACCCUACCACUUCGCUUACUGGAUGAUAAUUGUAGAAAGAUGGGAACCUACCACGCUUAGCUCUUUCCCCUUGCAAAUCCCGUUCUGGAUUAGGGUACAGGGUAUCCCUCUCCAUAUGUGUUCAGAGGAAACUAUGCUGAGUAUUGCAAAUGAUAUAGGCCACUAUGAAGGAUCAGUCAUUACAGCAACCUCAGCGAAGAUGAAAGUGCAAGUUGAUGGCCUCAAACCACUAAUCAUGUCUUCAAUGGUGGAAUUCGAAAACGGCGAUGAAGUGGAAGCGACCCUGGUGUAUGAAAAGUUAGAAAAGCACUGCACCAGCUGCUAUCGUCUGGAUCAUGAUGCAAAGGACUGCUCUCUGACUGAACCUCUAGCUCCUGAGGAGGUUCCGAUAAGAGCACAAAAACAUACAACCCAGAGAGAUGAACCCUAUCAGAGAUACUAUGAAGGUAAGGGGAAAGGCAAAGUUAGAGAAAGAGGUAGAUACGAUAGACAAGAUUCGGACAGAAGGUACCUGACAACCGGUUCCCUCCCCGGGACAGAGGGGACUCUCGCCACCAAUCUUACAAAGAUUCGAGGGCCCGAACAAACUUAUCCGAGAUGGAUAGAAAAAGGAAGACCUGCUCUUCACGAUCGAACUAGCGAGUCUCACGACCCCACCAUUAGGGAGAUUGCAAGACAGAGAAGGCCUCCUCUUGAUAAGGAACGCACUCCGGAGAGAUCCCCGGAAAGAUUACCUAGAGAUGCUCUAAAUUCGGCUCUGGGAGAGAUACGGGAGGUUAUGGUCCAAUAUUCUUCUUGUGCGGAUCCUUCAGAAAGUGCAGCACAUAAGGAACGCCUCAGACAAGCGGAAGAAACAGGACAACUAGAGGAAUCUGCGGCACAGAUGGUUAGGGCUUCUUUAGCCUCCCAAGCCGCUGCUACAGUUCUUUCUCGAGCUCUAGCUAGCCCAGAGGCCUUAUCCCAUGAUAGAAUCCCUGCGUCGCAAAGACUUGGUCCCACUUUUCUCACGACAGGGGACAUCAUUGAAAUUGAAAACGCUAAUCAAGAUUCUAACCUAGGGAAAAGGAAACGUGGAAGACCUGUGGGUAGAAAAACGGCUAUUAAAACGAAUACCUUACUUCAAGGAACCUCUUCCCGGAAGCGGAAAGUGUAUGCUGCAGGAUCUCCAAGAAAGAGAGGUUCUUCUGCCUCGCCAAAGGCUCUGAGAAGCAUCUCAUACCCGCCACCUUCAAAGUCCACUGGAGGACGUCAAAGGGUGGGAAACCCUUGGACAGAGCAUCGUCUCAAAGAAUUGAAAAAAAGAUUAGAUCCUGAUGUUAUUUUCUUAUCUGAGACGAAGAACCCCGAUGUGGUGGUGCUAAGUAAAGUCGAAUCUCUUGGAUACCACAGUCACGCUUUUGUUUCCCCGCAUGGAAUUGCCGGAGGAGGUUUAGCUCUCAUCUGGAAACCAAAUAUCCAACUUGAUGUUAUAUUUUCUUGUAUCAAUUACUUUGAUACUCGUAUUAGCUUUGAAGGCAAAAAUUUCUAUGCUACCUUUGUAUAUGGUGAUCCUGAUAGAGCUACUCGGAAGAGAAUGUGGAAACAUCUAAAUACCCUGAAUCAAAUACGAGAAGCACCUUGGUUCCUCACAGGAGAUUUUAACGAUAUAAUAGACAAUUCCGAAAAAGAAGGAGGAGUUAUUAGAGCAGAAGGAACCUUUGGGGAUUUCCGGACCUUCCUGUCCGAAGGGGAUUUGUUUGAUCUAAGACACUCUGGAAAUUUCUUGUCCUGGCGAGGCAAAAGAAAUGAUCAUCUCGUACAUUGCAGACUUGACAAAUCCCUGUCCAACAGCGAAUGGGCGGAGAUGUUUCCAUCUGGUAGAUGUGAAUAUCUAAGAUUUGAAGGCUCUGACCAUCGCCCUGUGGUUUCCUACUUUGAUCCUAACAGAUUAAAACAAAAAGGGAUGUUCAGAUAUGAUCGUAGGCUUAAAGAUAAUGAGGAAGUCACAUCCCUUAUUGCCAAAGUUUGGGAAGAGUCAUCAGGGGCAAACCUGAACCAAAAAAUCAUUCAAUGCCGCAAAGCAAUAGUGAUUUGGAGCAAAAACCAGCAGCUGAAUAGUCAAAAAUGUAUUGAAAAGCUAAAAGCUGGCAUUGAGGUAGAAAUGAGUAGUAGUUCUCCCAAUGAAGUGCUUCUAACUCAGUUAAAUGAGGAGUUGAGAAAGGCUUACGCGGCUGAGGAAGCGUUUUGGAAGCAGAGGAGUAGACAACAAUGGCUUCAACUUGGUGACCACAAUACCAGUUACUUUCACGCAGCCACUCGUGCCAGAUUCGCUGUCAACAAAUUCUCGGUAGUGGAAGAUGAAACAGGAAUAACAGUGUAUGAAGAAGACCAGAUGAUCCAAGUUAUCUCAGACUAUUUCCAACAUCUCUUCACAGCGCAACCUGUCAUGGAGGAUCAGAGAAGAUCGGUUAUAGAUUUGGCACUAAAUCCAUUGGUCUCGGAUGCCGAUAACAGAGAACUAAUAAAGGAUCCUUCACCUGACGAGAUUAAAGAGGCAUUAUUUGCAAUCCAUCCUGACAAAGCCCCUGGUCCAGACGGUUUUUCAUCUAGUUUCUUCCAGACCAACUGGAGCACCGUGGGCAAGGAUAUCGUGGCAGAGGUACAAGCUUUCUUCAUUUCCGGUAUUAUGCCGCGUAGCUCAAAUAGCACUCACAUCCGCCUAAUCCCGAAGAUCCUGGGACCAAAAAGAGUUGCAGAUUACAGACCAAUAGCUUUAUGUAAUUCUGUUACAAGAUCAUCUCUAAACUGA